AUGAUUGCCAGAGACGAUUGGAAAGGGCCAACUAAGCACUUUGCUAAGAGCGAGGUAGUUGCAGGCUAUGUGCGUGAGGUCUUCAAGAGGCUAGCAACGCCGAAGUUUGAGGAUGGGGCCUAUCGCCUCAACUUGCAGAGGUACCUCUUGGUGGAAGGGGCCCAAGGCUUCUUCACGGGGCAUAGCCCACGCAAUUGGCUCACUUCAGCAGCCGCGGUGUUGGGAUGGUCUAAGGAUCAGAGGGAUUUCUUGGGUCGUUGGAUGAUCGGUGGUUCGGGUUCUGCCGACUACACGCGCACUGCAAGGGAGGUUGUGCAUCGCAUACAGAUUGGAGUCUGCGAAGCAAUUGUCACCGGCAAGGGUGGCGAGUAUCAAGAGAGUGAAGCUCUCGAAGAGCUAAAAGCCUUUGUGGACGAACGUGGAGGUUCAGGUGCAUUGGCAAGGCGGCGGCAUGAUCUACUUAGGACUGUGGAAGGCGUACGCUGCUUGGGCAGCAAGUGGCCUGCCAUUGAACAGGACGAUGCAGAUGCCAGCGAAGAGGAGGAGGCACCGGAAGCGAUGAACGUUGAGGGUAGUGCCACAAAGUACUUCAUUAGCAUCAGUCGUAAGACGGGCCAUCGCAGGCUGCACUUGAAUGGGCCGUGCCAUGUUAAGCCACAUCAUUGCAAUAGGGUCGAGUUUGUCGAGCGUGUCGCAUUGGAUCAGAUCGACAGCAUUUGUCGUGAUUGCAAGCAUCGUAUGAGGGAAGAUCAAGGUGCCGAGGACGAUCAGGACACAAGUAGCGAGAGCGGGUCCACAAGUGACUCGAGCAGCGAAGAGGGGCAGCUUCGCAGGACCGUCGGCAUGUACGUGAUUGUGAGUGAUCCACGAUUUUCAGUGUCAGCGGAUCAAAGAGCAGAAGUGGCAAAGAUGGAUUCCGACUUGCAGUAUGUGCUUCAGGAAGCCAGCGCGUCACUGGCCACGCAAUAUCAGGUUGCGCGGCUCCAUCAGAGUCGAAGGCGAUUCCAGGCGAUCGCCGAUAACCGCGAAGGUGCCCGGACAGCUGCACGUGAUUUCGGGAUUAAUCCUGAUACACCGGCGGGCCGUGUUGAGGUGGCAGCUAUAGUGGCUGCGUGGGAACUUGCCAAGGAGUAUGCCAGUAAAGAAAUCGAGCUACGUGCAGAGGCGAAAGUUCUAGGCCAUAAGAGAAUCUUGCAAGUGCAGGAACGCCAAGCUAUGCUGAAGGCAGUGACGGAUGCAUACGGGAAGAUGAAUGAAAGCGAGACGCCAAGUGCAGAGUACUUGGCAACAAAGGCCGAGGAGUGCGAGAGCAAUGAGCCUCUCGCAAGUUCGCUUGAUCGCAUCUCUUCAAAGAAGGAUUCGCAGGUGGAGAGCCUCCAGACUAGCAUUGAUCCCACCGGGCAUGUUCGGGUGACAAAGACGAUGCAGAAGUUGGAAAUGCCACAUCACUCAGAGGGCUAUAGACGCUUGAUGAAGGUCGAGGCACAUGCAUGGCUCUGCAUGAGUGCACGGUUUAAGGCAAAGGCUUGGUUGCAAGGGCUUCGGCUUGAUGAUUUCACUAAGUUUGUUGAGUACAUCUUGGGGGAUCGUGUUGGCAACUUGAAGUUGCCCACUGCUUCAGGGCAAGAGACGCAGUUCAACAGGCCUCCAUGGAAUAUCGUCUUGAGUUAUGAAUAUAAGUUGAGGGUUGAAGCUUUCAAGAUGAUCCUGGAGGGAACCGCCACCAUGGCAGAGGCACUUCGGGCAGUGCGUGAGGAUCCAUCGCUGAAAGAGGCUUACUUUACAACACCUCUGGCAUUGCACACAGCUGGUACGCCUACCAAGUUUCGGAAGGGCAACAGCAAAGGAAAGGAUAAGCAGCAAGGGCAAGAGAUUCCACCGCCGCCAGCGCCGCAUCAGAACGGGUGUUUCGGCGAGCACCCGGCCUCGCAGCACGAAGCCGCGACAGCGGGCCAACCUGUGGCAUCAAGGGUGGUUCAUGUCUUUGCAGAUCCUGCUGAGCGCUUUGAUUGGGCACCGCAUCUCAGCAAUAGCAUGUCGCAGCCAGAAUUCGCUGGCAAUUUCUUCAUGUGGGAAGCGCCGGAACACUUCGGCCGCACCGCCGAUGGCAUUGUGCCGAGCUCCAUUUGGGUUUGGCCCUUGACAGGGUUGCCGGUGCUGGAUGCGGAUCACCGCUACGUUGGGCCGCUGCCCGCGUCGUGCCCACAUGGGGGAGCCGCCCAGGGAAUCGACUUCACCUGCACCGGGCAGGGCUUUCGCUACGGGGGCGCUUACUGUAAGGGUGGCUUAGUCGGUUUGAGGCAUCAUUCAACUGCGAUGCCUAUGUCGACGCGGGUUCUAACGAAGUACUUGCAGCAGGUUGCACCUGGCUUUCAAGCAUCCGCUAUCGCGAUCUUCGAUGAUGUCAGGACGGGUGUCCACCGUGAUGCUCGGAAUGCACACUAUCCGAACAUGGUAGUGCCGUUAUCCGACUUUGAAGGUGGCCAGAUCUGGCUGGAACAGCAAGGAGGCGACGUUUGGGAGACAACGCCAGAAGGGCAGAGACCGGGUGUCCUCUUGGAGGUUUGUAAGGGUCCUGUAAGCUUCGAUGCCUGGCGGUCGUACCACGCUACGCGGGCGUGGAAGGGCCGUCGGGUGGUGAUGGUAGCAUACAUGACCGACAAGCUUGGCAAUGUUGAGGCUUCCGACUUAGUUCACCUUAAGGCAUUGGGCUUUGAGUUACCACUUGACUUGGACGCAUCGAAUGGGGAGACUUCCGAAGCUCUGGGUACCGCCGAGGGCCCAAGCACACAAGACACAGCACCACCCGUGCCGUUCAGACCAGAGGCGUGCGGGAACCGAGGCAACCCCAUUCGCGUUGAGUGGGAAGGUCAGGAGGCUGACAUGACAGAUGGGUUCGGGUUGUGUUCUCCCUCGCGAUGGAGGCCGAUGGAUCGGGGGCAUCGCCUUGGCCCAGCGGCUACUGCACAUGCACAAUCCAUGUACCGGAUGCUUACGAGCUUCAUCGCCGAGCAUGUACCUGAUCCCCGGCGCUUCUGCUUGAGCCUACUUUCAGGAAAGAUCGAAUCCUCUCCAUUCGCUGGGGAGAAGUUGGAAGCCCUGCGUAAACAGUGGGCCAAGGUGCUGGGUGCAGAAGACAGUCCCGACGUGCUUGAGAUCCCGGAUGCGCAGCCCUUCUUGCUCAGGGCCUUGUCACUUUCGGCCGAAAGACUCGAGGAUCCAGACUGGGAGAUUUUAACGGAGGGAGUUGACUGUUUCUGUACCGGGGUCCCCUUAGGUCUUAAUUGCGACAUACCACACUUGCCGCAGGUGUAUGAAAGGAAGUGCCAGUGGCGUAAACUUGAUGAGUCAGAGUUGGAUUUUGACCGGGAAAAUUAUAAGAGUGCCGAGUUGAGCUCCGCCGGGCUCCUCGAAAAGUUUCGUGCAGAGGAAAAACUUGGACGGAUGAAACCGACAACGCUCGGAGCCUUGCGCGAGGAGUACAGUGAUGACAUGAUCCGCGUGGCCUCAAUGGGGGCAAUCCUCAAACCCGAUGGCAGUGUGCGGCCAUUACAUGAUGGAACGCACGGUGUCAAUGUCAACAACCAGAUACGCUUGGUGAAUCAGUUAGCGGUUCCAGGUCCGGCAGAAAUGUCAUUUUCAGUUCGGCAAUCAGGUGCUAUGCAAGAGACUCCCUUGGCCGCAACCGCGGACGUGAGUGCUGCACACAGGUUGGUCUUGCAUCGGAAGAGAUACGAGCUUGACUAUGGCGCCAGACUGGUGGGACUUAGCGAAGCCCGAGGUGCCUGGGUGUGCAACUGGGUCGAUGAGGCACGGAAGGCGCGCUUCGUCGUCUCUGUCAGGAAGUUUGCAGAGUUUCUCGGGAGACUUGGGUUCGUGUCUAGGGUUGUGUACUGGAUCAAACCACAUUUGGCCCCCUUGUAUGCUUGGUCAGCUGCGGCUUCGAAGAGCCAUGUUGCAAAAAUGCCGGACACGGUUAUUCUGACUUUGCUCUACUUGGAGGCAACGCUUAAAGACAUCAACUUCAAGGUCACACCGGGCCAACAACAGGAAGAGAAAGGGCAUCUCUUUCACACGGACGCGAAAUGCGAUGAUGGUUAUGUUGUCCUAGGAGGUUGGGACUCUAGCCAGGACCUUUCGGUCGCGUCUUGGUUCUCCAUAGUGGUGAAGCCUGCGGAUGCUCCGUACCUUUUCGACUCAGCGGGAAAAUCACAAUGGGCGUCAGCAUCAGCCGAACUUUUAGCAACAUUAGCUGCUUUGUGGUUCUUCGGACACCUUAAAGAGAGUAGUUCGCAGAGGCGACUCCCCGUCGCCAUUGCCGGGGCCACUGACAAUCAGAGUAACGAGAAGCUUCUUAAGAAACAGUCCACUACCAAGUGGCCGCUCAUGCUCAUCAACAUGCAGCUCUCACAUCUCCUAAGAAAGGCUUGUCUGAGGCUCAGCUUGACUUGGAAACCACGUGACGAAAAUAAGUUGGCAGAUGCUCUGACAAAUCAGGAUUUCAGCUCUUUCAGUUCCGAACACCGUUUGGAUGUCAGUUUCAGCGAGCUACCACUUGAGCUCUUGAAUCAGUUGUGGUUGUCGAAGUCCGACUUCGAUGCGUCUCGUAAGGCGCUGCAGUCUGCAAGUAAUUUUCUGCCUCAUGUCCCGAAGAGGAAGCGCGAAGGCACACCCUGGUGA